AUGUCCCCAAAGGAGGCUACACUACGAAAAAGUAGAAAGAAACAGAAGAGAAAAGCUGAAAAUGUUGAAGAAUUGGAGCCUGGAGAAUUUGAGGUAGAGAGAGUAGUGAGCCGCCGUGAACGACAUGGCCACAUUGAAUAUUUGCUGAAAUGGAAGGGCUAUCCAGAUGAUCAGAAUACCUGGGAACCUGAAGAAAAUUUACAUUGUCCUGAUUUAAUCACAGCCUUCAUCAAUUCUGACAAAUCUGGUUUACCUCCUAGUGAAUUUGAAGAUAGAAAUGGUUUUGCUAGGGGUCUAAUACCUGAAAAAAUCAUUGGUGUCACAAAUAUUGGUGGAGAAUUGAUGUUCGUCAUGAAGUGGGAACGUGUAGAUCAAGUUGAAAUGGUGCUGGCAUCAGAGGCUAUUGCGAAAUGCCCUGAACUUUUAAUUGCUUUUUACCAAGAGAGACUAAAUCAGCGUGGAAAUUGA